ACCACGCGGUUUCCUGCCUCGAAAGUUAAAACCUGCCUUCACUGCGACUCCGAACGGAGAAAAGAGAGAAGGCGGCCGCUGGUCGAUUUUUCUUCUCUUCAUGUCAGUUGAACUGAAUAUUUGGAGCGGAGGUUUGUUAGUACGUAUAUAUUUUCUUGUAGUUCGAAUUGCUCUCCGACUAAUCUUUUUUUUUUUUUUUUUAACUGAUGGUUUGCUAUCUCUUACUGCUCGAGUUCGCUUUCUGUUUGGGAUUGGGGGUUCUGUCUCCUUGUAUCGUUAGAUAAUUUAGGCUAUAUUCUCCUCUUUUGGUGUUUGGUAAUUUUAGUACCUUUUUUUUCUCUCUCUUUGAUUCUUCCCACCAUUCCUAUCUGAAUUGUGCUAAACCUUGGAUUUGUCUACUCAAAUCCUUGGCUUGUACUACUCAUUCAAUUUUUCUGUGUGAUUUCUCAUAUUUUGAUGACUAAUCAGUGAUUAAUCAGUGUUGUUCUAUCUGCCUGGCACUGCCAGUCAUUACUCCACUUUAAGAGUGUCCUACAUUAAAGAUCGGUCAAUCAGAAUAAUGAAUAACUGAAGGGAUUGAUAAAAAGGAGAGGAUUGGGUUAUUUCAAGAAAACCAUCAUUAGAAGAACAGAAAGCUAAGGAGGUGUGAGCGUGGCAACUCAACAACCAGUUGAAAAUAUUGGAGCAAUCACAUUAUUUAAUGUGAAUUGAAGUUUCAUGAUUGAGAUUCAAGAAUAAAACAGGAAUGGUGGCCUGGGUGGUUGGAAAACAUAUGAAAUGGACAUGAAAUGAGCCAGCCAAUGAUUGUCCAAUACUCCACAUGACAUCUGUGCAAAGUCGAUCUGACGCCAACGACAGCAUGGGACAGUGGUCCAAUGGGGCCCAUUAUGUGUGCCAGCGUUGUAGUACGGUAUUUUAACUGAAGUCAAGUGUACUAGCACACCUAUUGCAAUCCAGGUUCGUCAAAUUCCGGAGCAUAUCCCAAAAACCCAUCAAUGGAAAUCGAUGUAGCCGCUACUCCACCCCCAAAACCAACAGUAAACUCCGAUUCUCAAACUCAAGACGUUAGCUCGAGCUCUUCACCACUGCCACUGUCAUUGUUACGGCAAUGGAGGCAACAUGCACAGAGAAACAUGAGAAACCAGUGGUCAAAACUUGCUUCGUAUCGUCAACAAUGGGCCUCUUCCUCUUCUAGUGGCAGAUCUCAUGCAACAUCUCUUGUCAAUGCUCAUCUCAACCGGAGAUACAUAACUUCAAUGGAGCUGGGAAUUCUCAGUGAGAUGCCUGCUAUUCAAGCAAGAGCUUCCCAAAAAUUGUUUAAGCAGCAGGAACUUCAUCAGAGAAAACUCGUAUUGUCAUACAAGGAGAUGCUGGGUGUUGUAACUCAUAUGGUCAAUGCUGCUAAGUCCAUGAGAUCUUUUUUGAGAGGGGGAAGUAGUAGUCCUAUUAUGCAAUUUUCUAGCACUUCAGGGGAUAUGAAUGACACUGGUGAUGGUGGUGGAAUUCCACUCUUUGCGUUUCUAUCAAUCUCAUCUCUUGAGCAAUUGGCUGAGGAACUUGUCCAGAUGUUCAAAUUUGAAUUGGCUCUGAAGCGGUUGAUUGUGGUCGCAUUACUUGUCAUUAAUAGCGAAGCUCCCCAAGGCAAUGAGUUGUGUUGGUCUGAUGAGCUUUAUGCUGGAGAAUUUAAGGACUUGAUUAUCUGCAAUUUGUAUUCUAAGGAAACUUCUGAGCCACCAUUUCCAAGAUUGAAGGGUUCAAAAUCCAAUGUUCCUGAUGUGCGAUGUACCAGUCUGCCAAAUGACCAGACUUUGCAGAAUUAUAUUACAACAUGGCUUGCGGAGGUGAACCUGGACAUGCAGAGGGUGGAUGAAAUUUUUGCGAUAGUUAGCCAGGAAAUGAAUGUUGGAAUUGCUUAAGUUACUUUGAUGGUCAAAAGAAUUGUUGAAACUGCUCCUAUUCUAUCAAGCAGCCAUGAAGGGCAGUAUAAAGUUCUGCUGAUAAUCCAGCAAAUAUGUGAAGCUCUGCAACAAAAUGGCAAUGUUGUCUACAAUUGCAGUACAGUCGGUACAUCGUUUUGAUCCCAAGGCCAUGGAACAGGUGGUUUUGGUUAUUUCGGCUCAGGAAUUCUGGCCCCGAGUGUCGUUUUAGUUGUUGGAACUGUGUUUCGUGUAAAACAAGCGCCUCUACUUUGUGUUUCGAACGAGAUAAACCCUUUAAACGAAUCCUAAAAUUGAACGAGACAUCGCAUAAGAGAGAUGGUGACUGUUGUUUGAGAGAAUGAUUUCAUCCGGUGCGGAGGAGUUUCCAAUUUUGGACGGAAUUGUUGGGAUCAUAAAAGCGGCGGUUGGAGGAGCGGCAGCAAAUGUAGGAGGCGAGGAAGAUGAUGGAGAGGAGAACGAGAAGGUCGAGGUCGAGAUUGAAGUGGUAGUUGGCGGAGGAGGUGCUCAUUAAUUUGGGAAAUAAAAAGAUUCAUUUGAGGGAAGAGGGAAGAGGGAAGAGGGAAGAGGGAAAUGAGAUUAGGGUUUAGUUGUGACUAACAACGGAUUGUUGGUUGAAAUUGUGAAUUUUAUCGUGAUAAUGCUUAAUGCAAAUGGGAGGUCAUGAACUCAAGUCUCAUGGGUGGGUGUUUUUAUUAUCGUAAUUUGCGAGAUAGCCACUUGCUCAACCUAGCGUGUGCGAAUGUUACUUUAUGUUAUCUGCUCGCAAUAAGUUUAGGCCCAGGACUCAACAAUCGAGUCCAUGAGGGUUGUGUGGUAUUUCAUGUGACCUGAGAUUUAUCCGUUAGUUGUCUGGUGGAUAGUUGGGUAUGUUCCAUGUUAUCGAAAAAAAUAGUCACAGCUUUAUUA